GUUUAACCAAGGAUCGCUUCCGAUCGGAUUAUUCCUUAAAGGGGACGCGCCAUUGUCAAGAGAACAGAGCCCGGGGCCCGAGGGCGGGGACCAGUGGCGCCGGAGGAGCGAGGCAGCUGCACCUGGACUGGGGACGGCCUUUUAACAUUCCACAUUCUGCUUCGUACAUGGAGAAUCACUGCUGUUUUGCAUUGGUGUGACCACUCGUGUGCCUAUAAGUACAGGCUCCAGACUGCAAAAUCUUCUAGAUGGAUCCCUUCCAAAAUUGGUGUCUUUUCUACAAAUUCUGUGCCUCAAACAGCUCUUUGUGAGAGCUUCAGCACCAGUCAACAAAGUAAAUAAGUACUGUACUUCUUCCAACUAUCAUUCCACUUUGGGGAAAAAAAAUAUCAUCAUGUCAAGCAUUACGAUUGACCCAGAUGUCAAGCCUGGUGAAUAUGUCAUCAAGAGCCUCUUUGCAGAAUUUGCUGUUCAAGCCGAAAAGAAAAUUGAAGUUGUAAUGGCUGAACCCUUGGAGAAACCAUUGUCUAGAUCUCUGCAGAGGGGUGAAGAUCUUCAGUUUGACCAGUUGAUAAGCUCUAUGAGCUCAGUAGCAGAGCACUGCCUCCCUUCCUUACUCCGCACCUUGUUUGACUGGUACAGACGCCAGAAUGGAACUGAAGAUGAAUCUUACGAAUAUAGGCCCCGGUCUAGUACAAAGUCAAAGGGGGAUGAACAGCAACGUGAAAGAGAUUAUCUUCUUGAAAGAAGAGACUUAGCAGUAGAUUUCAUAUUUUGUUUAGUUUUAGUUGAGGUUUUAAAACAGAUUCCUGUUCAUCCUGUGCCUGACCCCUUAGUUCAUGAAGUUCUAAAUUUAGCUUUUAAGCACUUUAAACAUAAGGAGGGAUAUUCAGGAACCAACACUGGGAAUGUGCAUAUCAUUGCAGAUUUAUAUGCAGAGGUGAUAGGGGUUCUUGCCCAGUCAAAAUUUCAGGCUGUGAGAAAGAAGUUUGUGACAGAAUUAAAAGAACUGCGACAAAAGGAACCAAGUCCACAUGUGGUACAAAGUGUCAUCAGCUUAAUAAUGGGAAUGAAAUUUUUUCGAGUGAAAAUGUACCCGGUAGAAGAUUUUGAAGCAUCAUUUCAAUUUAUGCAGGAAUGUGCUCAAUAUUUCUUAGAAGUAAAAGAUAAAGAUAUAAAACAUGCACUUGCUGGUUUAUUUGUGGAGAUCCUAAUCCCUGUAGCUGCUGCUGUUAAAAAUGAAGUGAAUGUUCCCUGUUUGAAAAAUUUUGUGGAGAUGCUUUAUCAAACUACUUUUGAGCUCAGCUCCAGAAAGAAGCAUUCAUUGGCUCUCUAUCCACUUAUUACCUGCCUUUUAUGUGUCAGUCAGAAACAGUUUUUUUUAAAUAACUGGCAUAUUUUCCUACAAAACUGUUUGUCCCAUUUGAAGAUGCCAUCUAACAACAGUAUCAGAAAACAAAUAGAAACACUCCAGAAUAAAGAUCCUAAAAUGUCCCGAGUUGCACUGGAAUCUUUGUAUAGAUUAUUGUGGGUUUAUGUCAUUAGAAUAAAAUGUGAAAGCAACACUGUAACUCAAAGUCGUCUUAUGAGCAUAGUGUCGGCACUUUUUCCAAAAGGUUCACGUAGUGUGGUUCCUCGUGAUACACCGCUCAAUAUAUUUGUGAAGAUUAUUCAGUUCAUUGCUCAGGAACGUUUGGAUUUUGCAAUGAAAGAAAUAAUAUUUGAUCUCCUCAGUGUUGGAAAAUCUACUAAAACUUUUACUAUUAAUCCAGAGAGAAUGAACAUAGGCCUCCGAGUCUUCCUUGUAAUAGCGGACAGUUUGCAGCAAAAGGAUGGUGAGCCACCAAUGCCAACAACAGGAGUUAUUCUUCCCUCAGGAAAUACUCUUCGUGUAAAGAAAAUUUUUCUUAACAAAACCUUAACAGAUGAAGAAGCAAAAGUCAUAGGAAUGUCAGUUUACUACCCUCAAGUGAGAAAAGCAUUAGAUAGCAUUCUCAGACAUCUGGACAAAGAAGUUGGAAGACCAAUGUGUAUGACAAGUGUUCAGAUGUCUAACAAGGAGCCUGAAGAUAUGAUUACGGGAGAAAGAAAACCCAAAAUUGAUUUGUUCAGAACUUGUAUUGCUGCUAUUCCAAGGCUGAUUCCUGAUGGUAUGAGCAGAACUGACCUCAUCGAAUUGUUAGCAAGGCUCACAAUUCAUAUGGAUGAAGAGCUCCGAGCUCUGGCUUUUAAUACUCUGCAGGCACUAAUGCUGGACUUUCCAGACUGGCGGGAAGAUGUUCUUUCAGGAUUUGUUUAUUUCAUUGUUCGUGAAGUGACUGAUGUCCAUCCCACACUUCUUGAUAAUGCUGUAAAGAUGUUGGUACAAUUGAUAAAUCAGUGGAAACAAGCAACCCAAAUGCAUAACAAGAACCAGGAUUCACAGCAUGGUGUAGCUAAUGGAGCUUCUCACCCCCAUCCUGUGGAAAGGAGCCCGUAUUCCAGUGUGUUCCAUGUGGUUGAAGGGUUUGCAUUUGUUAUUCUCUGUAGCAGUCGCCCAGCCACUAGGAGAUUAGCCGUCAGUGUCUUUAGAGAAAUACGGGCUUUAUUUGCACUUUUGGAAAUACCUAAGGGUGAUGAUGAGCUGGCCAUAGAUGUGAUGGACAGGCUGAGCCCAUCCAUUCUUGAGAGCUUCAUCCACCUCACGGGGGCUGAUCAGACCACUUUGCUGUAUUGCCCAGGCUCAAUAGAUUUACAGACAUUAGCAGAAUGGAACUCGUCUCCUAUUAGCCACCAGUUUGAUGUGAUCAGUCCAUCACAUAUAUGGAUAUUUGCACAUGUGACCCAAGGCCAAGACCCAUGGAUUAUAAGUCUCUCUAGUUUUUUAAAGCAAGAAAAUCUUCCAAAACACUGUCCUACAGCUGUGAGCUAUGCUUGGAUGUUUGCAUAUACAAGGCUUCAGUUGUUGUCUCCACAAGUUGAUGUAAAUAGCCCCAUCAAUGCUAAGAAGGUGAACACAACCUCAAGCAGCGACUCAUACAUCGGCCUGUGGAGAAACUACUUGCUUCUUUGCUGCAGUGCAGCUACAUCUGUGUCUUCGCCAUCAACCACAGGCUCUGUGAGGUGUUCUCCUCCUGAGACGCUGGCGUCUACCCCCGAUAGUGGCUACAGCAUUGACUCUAAAAUUAUUGGCAUCCCGUCCCCUUCAUCCUUGUUUAAGCACAUAGUUCCAAUGAUGCGCUCUGAGAGCAUGGAAAUCACAGAAUCCCUUGUUCUUGGUCUUGGCAGGACCAACCCGGGAGCUUUUAGGGAACUAAUAGAGGAAUUGCAUCCCAUAAUUAAAGAAGCACUUGAAAGAAGGCCAGAGAAUAUGAAGCGGCGCAGGCGUCGAGAUAUUUUACGAGUACAACUGGUACGAAUAUUUGAACUGCUGGCAGAUGCUGGUGUCAUUAGUCACAGUGCAAGUGGUGGCCUUGAUAAUGAAACACAUUUCCUCAACAACACUUUAUUGGAGUAUGUAGAUUUAACUAGACAACUCCUGGAAGCAGAAAAUGAAAAAGAUUCUGAUACACUGAAGGAUAUACGAUGCCAUUUUAGUGCCUUAGUGGCGAAUAUCAUUCAGAAUGUUCCAGUGCACCAGAGAAGAAGUAUUUUUCCUCAACAAAGCCUUCGUCACAGUUUGUUCAUGCUGUUCAGUCACUGGGCCGGUCCUUUCAGCAUCAUGUUUACUCCCUUGGACAGAUACAGUGACAGAAAUAUGCGAAUUAACAGACAUCAGUACUGUGCACUUAAGGCUAUGUCUGCUGUACUAUGUUGUGGCCCUGUUGCAGAUAAUGUAGGACUUUCAUCAGAUGGCUAUUUGUACAAAUGGUUGGAUAACAUUUUGGAUUCUCUGGACAAAAAGGUUCAUCAGUUGGGCUGUGAAGCAGUGACAUUACUGCUAGAGCUGAAUCCAGAUCAGAGCAACCUGAUGUACUGGGCUGUGGACAGGUGUUACACUGGCUCCAAGAGGGUGGCCGCUGGCUGCUUUAAGGCCAUCGCUAACGUAUUUCAGAACAGGGAUUACCAGUGUGACACAGUGAUGCUACUGAAUCUGAUACUGUUUAAAGCAGCUGAUUCUUCUCGAAAUAUCUAUGAAGUUGCUAUGCAACUGUUACAGAUCCUGGAACCGAAGAUGUUUCGCUAUGCUCACAAAUUGGAGGUUCAGAGAACAGAUGGAGUGCUUAGCCAGCUGUCUCCUCUGCCACAUCUGUAUUCUGUUUCCUAUUACCAGUUGUCUGAGGAGCUGGCAAGGGCGUAUCCUGAGCUAACUCUAGCCAUAUUCUCAGAGAUAAGCCAGAGAAUCCAGACGGCGCACCCUGCUGGCAGGCAAGUCAUGCUGCACUACCUUUUGCCUUGGAUGAACAACAUCGAGCUGGUGGAUUUGAAGCCUUUGCCCACAGCCAGACGGCAUGAUGAAGAUGAAGAUGACUCCUUAAAAGACCGGGAACUGAUGGUGACCAGCAGGCGCUGGUUACGAGGAGAAGGCUGGGGGUCUCCACAAGCCACUGCAAUGGUUUUAAACAAUCUGAUGUACAUGACAGCAAAGUAUGGUGAUGAGUUGGCCUGGUUGGAGGUGGAGAAUGUAUGGACCACACUUGCAGACGGCUGGCCCAAAAACCUGAAAAUAAUUUUGCACUUUCUGAUCAGCAUUUGUGGAGUGAAUAGUGAACCAAGCCUCUUGCCUUAUGUGAAGAAAGUUAUUGUAUAUUUAGGUAGAGACAAAACAAUGCAAUUGCUAGAAGAGCUGGUGGGUGAGCUACAGCUGACUGAGCCUGUCAGUUCCGGAGUAACCCACAUGGAUAACCCCCCAUAUUACCGCAUCACUUCCAGCUACAAAAUUCCCUCUGUCACCUCAGGAACUACUUCCAGUAGCAAUACAAUGGUAGCUCCCACAGAUGCUAACCCUGACAACAGGCCCUUAAAAGAGAAUGUUGAAGAGAACUAUGUGCACCUAGACAUCUACAGUGGAUUAAACAGUCAUUUAAAUCGUCAACAUCACAGACUAGAAUCUCGAUACAGUAGCAGCUCUGGAGGAUCUUAUGAAGAAGAAAAAAGUGAUUCAAUGCCACUUUAUUCUAAUUGGCGACUGAAAGUGAUGGAGCAUAAUCAAGGAGAGCCACUACCCUUCCCACCAGCUGGAGGCUGCUGGUCACCACUGGUGGAUUACUUGCCUGAAACGUCAUCACCUGGAUUACCUCUUCACAGGUGUAACAUAGCUGUGAUCCUUUUGACUGAUCUGAUCAUCGAUCACAGUGUGAAAGUAGAGUGGGGAAGCUACCUCCAUCUUCUUCUUCAUGCAAUUUUUAUAGGGUUUGACCACUGCCACCCUGAGGUGUAUGAACAUUGUAAACGCCUGCUUCUGCAUUUACUAAUAGUGAUGGGAUCCAACAGUAAUAUUCGAACUGUUGCUUCUGUCCUUCUCAGGAACAAGGAGUUUAAUGAACCCAGGGUGCUUACAGUCAAACAAAUUGCACACUUAGAUUAUACUUUCACAGCAGGUGUUACUGAUUUUAUACCUGAUUACCAGCCCUCCCCCAUGACUGACUCAGGGCUUAGCUCAAGUUCUACCUCUUCUAGUAUCAGCCUAGGAAACAAUAGCACCACCAUUCCACAUCUGCACACCACUAUCCUCAGUGAUGUUGACGUCUCAGUAGAGCAGCAGGAUGGAAAAGUCAAAACCCUCAUGGAGUUCAUUACCUCAAGAAAAAGAGGGCCUCUUUGGAACCAUGAGGAUGUUUCUGCCAAGAAUCCUAGCAUAAAGAGUGCUGAACAGUUAACUACAUUUUUAAAACAUGUCAUUUCUGUUUUCAAGCAGUCAAGCUCAGAAGGAAUCCAUUUGGAGCAUCACCUUAGUGAAGUUGCUCUACAAACAGCACUUUCUUGUUCUUCUCGUCACUAUGCUGGGAGAUCCUUUCAGAUUUUCAGGGCCCUCAAGCAACCUCUUUCUGCAACUACACUUUCUGAUGUUCUCUCCAGACUUGUAGAAACUGUAGGGGACCCAGGAGAAGAUGCACAGGGAUUUGUUAUAGAGCUUCUUCUCACGUUGGAAUCUGCCAUCGAUACUUUAGCUGAAACCAUGAAGCAUUGCGAUCUUCUUUCUGCCCUUUCUCAAACCUCAUACCAUGACCCUAUACUGGGAAACAAGUAUGCAGCUAACAGGAAAAGCACUGGACAACUCAAUCUAAGCACAAGUCCCAUUAAUAGUAGUAGUUAUUUGGGAUAUAACAGUAAUGCCAGAAGUAACUCUUUGCGGUUAAGUUUAAUUGGUGACCGAAGAGGAGACCGGCGGCGGAGUAACACACUGGAUAUAAUGGAUGGACGGAUAAACCAUAACAGUAGUUUAGCAAGGACUAGAAGCCUUUCCUCCUUAAGAGAGAAGGGCAUGUAUGAUGUGCAGUCCACUACUGAACCUACCAACUUGAUGGCCACCAUCUUUUGGAUCGCAGCAUCUUUAUUAGAAUCAGAUUAUGAAUAUGAAUACCUCCUGGCCCUCAGGCUUCUCAACAAACUGCUUAUCCACUUGCCUUUGGAUAAAUCAGAGAGUCGAGAGAAGAUUGAAAAUGUACAAAGCAAAUUGAAAUGGAAUAAUUUCCCAGGCCUUCAACAGCUCUUCCUUAAGGGUUUUACCUCAGUGUCUACGCAAGAAAUGACUGUGCACCUCCUCAGUAAACUCAUUGCUGUCUCCAAGCACACCUUGGUGGACCCGUCCCAGCUGUCAGGCUUUCCUCUUAACAUCCUUUGCUUAUUGCCUCACUUAAUCCAGCAUUUUGACAGCCCAACUCAGUUUUGCAAAGAAACAGCUAGUCGAAUAGCAAAGGUUUGUGCAGAAGAAAAAUGCCCAACACUUGUCAAUCUGGCUCACAUGAUGAGUUUGUACAGCACACACACGUAUUCCAGAGACUGUUCUAAUUGGAUCAAUGUUGUCUGUAGAUACCUGCAUGACUCCUUCUCAGAUACUACGUUUAGCCUGGUGACUUACCUUGCAGAGCUGUUAGAAAAAGGACUGGCCAGUAUGCAGCAGUCACUGCUACAGAUCAUCUAUAGCCUUUUGAGUCACAUAGAUCUCUCGGCCGCCCCAGUCAAACAGUUUAAUCUGGAAAUCAUAAAGAUCAUCGGCAAAUAUGUGCAGAGUCCUUAUUGGAAGGAAGCACUUAACAUAUUAAAACUGGUGGUGUCUCGCUCAGCAAGUCUUGUUGUGCCCAGUGAUAUCCCCAAGACCUAUGGAGGAGAUACAGGCUCUCCUGAAAUAUCCUUCACCAAGAUAUUUAACAAUGUCUCUAAGGAGUUGCCUGGGAAGACCUUGGAUUUCCAUUUUGAUAUAUCUGAGACACCAAUUAUUGGAAAUAAAUAUGGAGAUCAACAUAGCGCAGCUGGCAGGAAUGGGAAGCCGAAAGUCAUUGCUGUUACUAGAAGUACUUCUUCCACUUCUUCUGGUUCCAAUUCAAAUGCACUGGUCCCUGUUAGUUGGAAAAGGCCACAGUUAUCACAGCGAAGAACAAGAGAAAAGUUAAUGAACGUGCUUUCUCUUUGUGGUCCAGAAUCUGGCCUUCCGAAGAAUCCAUCAGUUGUAUUUUCUUCUAGUGAAGAUUUGGAAGUUGGUGACCAACAGACUAGUCUAAUUUCUACCACAGAAGACAUAAUUCAAGAGGAAGAAGUAGCAGUGGAAGAUAAUAGCAGUGAACAACAGUUUGGUGUUUUUAAAGAUUUCGAUUUCCUAGAUGUUGAAUUGGAGGAUGCAGAGGGUGAAAGUAUGGACAAUUUCAACUGGGGAGUCCGCAGGCGCUCACUGGACAGUAUUGAUAAAGGGGACACGCCAUCCCUGCAGGAGUACCAGUGCUCCAGCAGUACCCCCAGCCUGAACUUGACAAACCAGGAAGACACAGAUGAGUCCUCAGAAGAGGAAGCCGCCCUCACAGCCAGCCAGAUACUCUCACGCACACAGAUGUUAAACAAUGGCUCUGCUGCAGAUGAAACCACCACAGACCAUCCCGAUAUGCUUCUGCAGUCUCAAGAAUCCACUGGCAGUGCCUCAGCUGAGGAGGUGCUUCACAUCAGAGAUGAAACCCCAACUUUGGAGGCUUCUCUAGAUAAUGCUAACAACCAGCUGCCUGAGGAUACAAGUUCAAUAUUAAAAGAGGAACAGGUUAUUACAGCCUUUGAAGAUGAAGGGUCAUAUAUGAUGCAAGAGCAGCAGGAUUCUCUUGUGUGCCAGGGAAGUCUCGAUUUAGAGGAAACAGAGAUGCCAGAGCCUCUGGCUCCUGGGAGCUACCCUGAGUCAAUCUGUGAAGAAGAUGUCACCUUAGCUUUGAAAGAGCUAGAUGAAAGGUGUGAAGAGGAAGAAGCGGAUUUCUCCGGGCUGUCUAGUCAAGAUGAAGAAGAGCAGGAUGGUUUUCCAGAAGUGCAGACGUCACCUCUCCCAUCGCCAUUUCUUUCUGCCAUAAUAGCCGCUUUUCAGCCAGUAGCAUACGAUGAUGAAGAAGAAGCCUGGCGCUGCCACGUCAACCAGAUGUUGUCUGACACCGAUGGGUCCUGUGCAGUGUUCACCUUUCAUGUGUUUUCUAGACUGUUCCAGACAAUUCAAAGAAAGUUUGGAGACAUAACUAAUGAGGCAGUCCACUUUCUUGGUGAGAACCUACAACGUGUUGGUACCAAAUUUAAAAACUCACUGAAAGUGAUGAUGUGUUCAGAAUGCCCCACAGUCUUUGUGGAUGCUGAAACAUUGAUGUCAUGUGAUUUGCUAGAAACACUCAAGUUCAGUGUUUUGGAGUUACAAGAACACCUGGAUACAUACAAUGCCAAAAGAGAAGCUGCUGAGCAGUGGUUAGAUAAUUGUAAGAGGACAUUUGGUGCCAAAGAAGACAUGUAUAGGAUAAAUACAGAUGCACAACAAAUGGAAAUUCUAGCAGAACUGGAGCUCUGCCGGAGGUUAUACAAAUUACAUUUUCAAUUGUUACUUCUGUUCCAAGCCUACUGUAAACUCAUCAACCAAGUAAACACAAUAAAAAAUGAAGCUGACGUCAUCAACAUGUCAGAGGAACUUGCCCAACUGGAAAGUAUCCUCAAAGAAGCUGAGUCGGCUUCAGCAAAUGAAGAAAUUGACAUUUCUAAAGCUGCACAAACAACUAUAGAGACUGCCAUCCAUUCUUUAAUUGAAACUUUGAAAAAUAAGGAAUUUAUAUCUGCUGUAGUACAAGUCAAAGCUUUCAGGUCUCUCUGGCCCAAUGAUAUCUUUGGCAGUUGUGAAGAUGACCCUGUGCAGACGCUAUUACACAUAUAUUUCCAUCACCAGACGUUGGGCCAGACAGGAAGCUUUGCAGUCAUAGGCUCUGACCUGGAUAUGUCAGAAGCAAACCACAAACUGAUGGAAAUUAACCUGGAAAUAAGAGAGAGUCUACGCAUGGUGCAGUCAUACCAACCUCUAGCACAGGCCAAACCAAUUGGAAAUUUGGUGAGCACUGGAUUCUGAAAAACUUCACUUAGGAGAGAAACUGAAGAUGAUUCAGAAUAUUAACAAGCACCUUUUACGGACCCUUGCAAUUCACUUAUUCUUGCAGCAUCUACAACCAUAGUCUAACAGCUGCCAAUACCUCCCAGAAUAACCCUAUGAAGAAGGAUUUUAAAAAAUAAAUAAAUAAUAACCUAUAUGAAAAGGGCUAAAAGUGAUGCAUACAAAUAAUUACUUUGUAGAGAAAGAAAGGAAUUUUAAGGAUCUUUGCAAUAAUGGCCUCUAAUACUGAGACAUUGGAAAGCAGGUGAAAUGAGGCUGAUUCAUUUUAGCUGAAGACCUGCGAAGCUGCCUGGAUUUCUAACAGUCAGAAGCAAUUAAUGCUUAACCAUCUGUAUGAAGAGCAUCAGUCUGAUAGAUAUAUACAGAAAGACUUAUUUGCAAAAACCAUUGAUUUUUUUUUUUUUUUUCCAAUAUGUGGGCUAAGGGUAUGGGUGUGUUUUGUUGGUCUGUAUAAGGAAAUUAUGUGUGUGUGUGAGCUGUGGUAUGUGAGUAUGUGAUAGUCAUAUUUUCAAGGUAUGGAUGUUUGAUAUGUCUCAGAGCAUGCUGAAAAGAGCACUGCAAGAGUAUUUUUGAAGAAAUUUUAUUUUAUUAGAACUAACUCUUCCUAGUGUGUAAAUGUUAGGACAUUUUAAUAAUAUUUUAAAACUGGGACAUCCCAGUAUUUCAAAAAGAAAUAAUAUAUCUGUUAAUGUUAUUGGAAUGCUGCUCAGUUCUCUGAUCAGUGCUUAUGUUACAAUUGUUGAUAACUAACCAAAGUAGAUGCCUGCAGAGACUUUAAAAUGUAAAAUAAAGAUGUAUGCUGCUCGUCAGCUGUUCUCAUUAGGAAAAGUUAACUUAUUUUACUCCAUAAUUAUAGAAGCUGUAUAGAUUUAAACUAGUAUUUUCUUGUACAUUUGUGCAAUGCACUGUUAUACAAGAAUAGAUGUACAGAGCUAAAGAAAAAACUGUGGUUGUUGAUGGUAGGUUAUAUGAUUGCAGGCUCUGGUGUCUGCAGAACUGGAGAAGAGAGAUGCAGAUGCAUUUUUAUGUUUAUUCAGGACUCAUAUAUUUCACCCAAAAGGAACCUGGGGCUAUGAAAGGAAGCCUGAAGACUUACUACCAAAAACAUGCAAUAUACUCACUAAUUCUAUAGCAUAACAUGAACUGGAUACUAUCCUUUUAAAAAAAAAAAUUUUUUUUUUGUAAAAGAAAUGAAUGUAGUCCCACAAUUCCUCUGAUUUGAAAGGAACACCUUGUAUUUUUAUAUGCAUCUCUUAUCCACUGUGACUUUUAAACUGGGCUCUGACCACAGAGUUUAGAAUGUAGAAAUGAAAUGUGUGGCUUUGCCUUUCUUGGGACUGUGGGCCCUGCCAGAAAUGUAAUUAUGCUCAAGUGCAUUAAUUGAAGGCACUGUGCACACUGCUGGACUGCUGACUUAGUUAUAUUACUUGUAAAAUUCUGUAACUGGUCAUGGCACAUUCAUAAUCACUGUAUUUUUUGACCCUGAUAAAAAUUAUUUUGAUGGUGUUCUGGUACUGUAAAUGGGUGUCCUUUAAAUUAUUUAAUAACUUUUGCGUGUAGGGCAGGAAGAAAAGGAUAGUGUCAGACACACCAUCCUUUACUUCCUGUCUUUCCAUCCCUUAUUUCUCUCACCCGCCUUAUAUCCUUUUUUGUUAAAAUAAAAAAACAUUGUAGCUGUU